CAAUGACCGCAGUCUCUGACUGGUGUACAUAGUAAGCAUGACUAAAAUGUGUUUCUGGUGUGUUGAGUAUCAGGUUUCAAACUAAUGUAGGACCCAGUAUCUUGCUUUUUUUUCUGUUGCCUUGAUUGACCAUUCCAGUGCCAUCAGAGUGGAGGAAAUGUAUGUACUCUGAGCUGAGAAAACAUUUUUGCUCUACAGGCAGCAAAACAAGGAAAGGAAAACCAUUUAUUCAGUGUGAAGAAUGAGCGACAGUUUCAAGGAAGAGAGACAGUUCAGAGGUCCUUCACUGUCCCUGCAGAGGAGGGUCAUCCAUUUCGCCAGCGGUGAGACUCUGGAGGAAGAUGACAGUGAGGAGGAGGAUACAUUACAAGAGGAGGUGUUUAGGGAGCCUGAAGACAUGCCCAAACUCCCAUGGAGAGCUUUUACUUGGUCUCUGGGCAGGAAGUCAUUGCGCACUUGUGAUUUUCUUGGGGAAAAACUGKCUGGUCUACUUGGCCUCAACACUGCCAAAUACCAGUAUGCUGUAGAUGAACAUCAGCGUGACAACAAGAACACAGGCAGUAAAGACACCGAAUGCUCCUAUGAGAAAAGAAGGGAGAGAAUCCACCUUUCUUYGAGGAUGAGCAGUGAAUAUGGUGCCACAAGCUCCCACGGAGUCCCUGCUGGUUCUCAAGCCACUGAGCACAGAACUACAGGAUCCCACAACAUGGGUUAUCGAGAUGAUAAUGAGCACUGAAUAAGAACUAGGCUAAUAAACAAAACAAAUGUUAUUUGUCAUAUGCGCUGAAUACAACAGGUGUGAAAUGGUUACUUACAUUUUUUUUUGCAUUGUUUGUUAAGUUGUAAGUAAAAAAAAAAGAAGCUAAAUAAACAAAAGGAAAAAUAGUAACACAAUAGUAUGCAUUGAAAGCAUUAAACUUUUUGUGCUAACAAACUAAGAGAGCAAAUAUUUAUAUUGCUGUGUGUAUUUGUUGGUGUUCCUCUGUGAUUUCUACUGUAUUGCACUUUAUCUGACUAUAUUAAUACAAUUCUGAAAUGUUCAUAAAAAACAUGCAGAAUACAUUUUCCAUGCAUGCCUUCAAUUUAAUUGAAUUUCUGACUAAAUGUGUYUUGUACAUUAUGCGUGAAAAUAUCGAAUAAAUAUUCUGGAUAGCACAGAACAUAGAUAA